UUGACAUUAAAUUAAUUCAUGAUUCUGUCGAUAAGUGGCGAUCACAUCGAAAUAAACUAGUAAACUUAACAUUUGGAAGACUCGAAUUUUUUUAUCCAUCUGAAAGAUUCAGCCAGAUCUAAAAACUAUCUUCAAAUUAAUAAAAAUUGUAAUCUUUUCUGAAAGUUAUAUGUAGUUAACUUCAAACCUUGAAAGUAAAUGAAACAACAAAUAAUUACUAACUGGCCGGUAACAUUUUAUCAUUUCUAUCUUUUAGCAAUGGACAUGUAAUUCAUUCUAUACGUUGAUGCCAUCAUCAUUUAAUUAGUACUACUUUGUAUUCAAUAAAUAUACAUCGAUUACUUCUUAUGAUCAACGGCGACGAAGUUUCAUACAACAGAUGUACAUUAUUUACAUGUAUUUGAUUAAUUUAUAUAAUCGGUUACACUAAUAGUUUUUAAUUAAUCAAAAAGCCGCAUACAACUUUUUGUUGUAUAAUGACUACUUUAAGUAAUUUCAUGGAAUUUUUCCAAAAGGAAAAGACUUUCAGACCAAAGAAAAAAUUUGUUUAUGGAACAAUAUGUUAUUCUUUACAUAAACAAGCUCAAGCUUCACUUAAUUCAGGUAUAAACUUAAGAUCUGUAGUCAGAUUACCACCAAAAGAGGAUAUCAAUGAUUGGAUUGCUGUUCAUGUUGUAGAUUUUUUUAAUAGAAUAAAUCUUAUAUAUGGUACUAUAUCUGAAUACUGUGACUCUGCAUCAUGUCCAACAAUGAGUGGUGGAGCACGUUUUGAAUAUUUGUGGGCAGAUGGGGAAAAAUAUAAGAAACCAACUGUUCUUCCGGCUCCUCAAUAUAUUACACUUCUUAUGGAUUGGAUAGAAGUAAAAAUAAAUAAUGAAACUAUAUUUCCCGUGUCGACAGAUGUACCAUUUCCAAAAACAUUUACACCACUGUGUCGUAAAAUCUUAACUCGACUCUUUAGAGUGUUUGUUCAUGUAUACUUUCAUCAUUUUGAUCGUAUAGUAGCUAUAGGAGCAGAAGCACAUGUAAAUACAUGCUACAAACAUUUUUAUUAUUUUGUAACAGAAUUUGAUUUAAUAAAUACAAAAGAAUUAAAGCCACUAGCUAAAAUGACUGCUAAAAUCUGUAAAGAUACAGACUCGCCAACACAAACAACUGUAGCAUCAAAUAGUCAUGCAAAAUAGUUACAUGACAUUAUACUGCUACACUAUAAACAUAUAAUCUCUAAUAUGAAUGAAUGUGAACAAAGAAAAUAGGUGUGCACAUUUUUUUUCUAUGAAUCUCAAAAAAGUCAAUUGUAUAUUAAUUAAAUUUAUAUUCAUAAAGCAUAAUAUUAAGAGUGCUAUAACUCCUAAUAUAAUUUCAGUUAUAACAUAACUGAAGUUAUGUUAUAAAUGAAUUAUCUUUGAUAUUAUAAUAUUAAAUUUUAGAUGUAAUAAUUUGUAUGUUUUAUAUUUUAAUUAUAUAUAUUGUCUGUGUAUUGUAUUUAAUACCAUAUCUAAGCAAAAAUUAAAUUCUUAUAAACUAUAUAAAAUACUUUUUGAAUUAUUUAUUAAAAUGAUAAGCAACUAUUAUAGUUUAUUAAUUCAAUUUUUUAAGAUAAUUAUUUAAAUAUUUAUGGAAAAUCGAUGUGAUUUCUUGCUUUUUUGGCAUAUAUAGAAUAUUAUUUGUAAAUAUUAAUAAAAAUUGGUAAAAUAAAAAA